UCUCAAUGCAUGCUUGCUAGAAGGGUUGUUUGACUCGCUGAAGCGCUCGUGUUUGUGCGUCGAAGUUUUUACGGUUUGAUUCUCGUGAAAAGGUCCCUCAGGCGAUGGCAGAGGUUAGAGUCCUUUUAGUGCAGUCUUACUGCCGAAGACAGUAAUGGUAGAGGGUCUGGGGAGAAAUAGGAAGGGGAGGAGAAAUGAGUUGGGUUGGUUUCCAUUUGUGGAACAAUAUUUGCCUAUUUAUAGCGACAAACAAAGACAACAACACUAGACAUUUUGGAAAAUACCGAGUAUUGCUCUUUUUUUCGUAUCAGUUUUGUCUCUUUUUUAAAGUAAUUCGAGUUAAAAUUUUGUUUUUUAUAUAAUCCAGGAAACAUAAAAAGUUAAUUACUGAGUAAAUGAACCAGAAUUAAGUUGUCUGAGCCUCAUCCCCCAAAUACAUGGCUGUUUAUAAUAGCAAGAAACGCGAGUAGGUCGUUCUUUAUCCCGUAAUGCUCCAUAAAGUCACAAUGUCUGGAAGCGAGAAACCCUAAAAAGGGGAUUUAAUCGCCUCGCCUUCUAUUAAUUCCUCUAAUUAAGCAAGCACUUUGAGAGCGUGGAAGUAGAACGCGUCUAUAGGAACCCACUUAGGCGGGGAAACAUUUGUUGUUUUGUUUGAUGUUUUCACUAACAGAAGCCAUUCUACUCCGCCCAAAUUCAACACUCUCGACUGAUAUAUCCGCCCAUAUGGAUAAGAUAACAGCGUCUUUUCCAAACUCGGGGUGGGCACACAGAAGAGAGCCAACACAGAGCGCGGCUGCAUCAUCGAGUGGAGUAAUUAGCCACUUUGUUAGUUCCGCAAUACGUCAAGUAAUCGUUCUUCUCCCAGCCUCAGCCACCAGCAAACGUCCUCAUAUGUAACAUAUUAAAGCCGAGGGAAGCGAUAGCAUUGUGAUGGCAAACGCCAAGCAAAGAACCGACAUUUUAAUGCGUUUACAUUCUGCGCGCCCCCUAACGAGUUUCCCAGUCUUCUUUUGUGUUUACACUGUGUUUCUCACAGUAUUUUUGUCGCUUAAGACGGUUUUCAGUGACGAUCACCUUCAGGCAAUGGGCUCUUAUUUGAUUGUGUGGUCUCAGCAAGAUCAUAAUGGCUUCACGGCACUGGUACAUGUGGAAUUUAUUUUCUUUUUUCAAAUAUACGCAGCAAUCAGGCGCUCAAUUUUCUCAGUAAAAAUGAAACCGCUCGACCAAAUAUUCACCUCUAUUUCUGCUCGUUUUUACUUUUUCAAGUAAAACAAGGGCUUUUUGGAAUGAAUCAAAAUUACUUUGAACGGGAGUAGAUUGUUAAAAAGAAAUCUUUGAUGGGAUUCCCACAAAGAGUUUAUUGCUUAGUUCAAGCUGUUUCAGUGACGAAGUCGUAUAGGGCUUUCUGAGACAAUCCCAUUCGACUACUAGUACUCAGCCGACUAUAGACGAAAUCUUUUGUUGACAGCGUAGGGGGCGGGUAAUUCGUACACUACAAAGUUUUACACUACAAAUUUGUACACUACAAAGGUCGUUCACAAGUUUCACCGCUCGCAUCUCCACGUGAUGACGUGAUUUUUUUCUACUCGUUGAGUGCCCAAACUUAAAUACUAUCUUAAAAUCCGUGUAUAUUUAUCAAAAAUAAUCUUCUAAGCCAACUUUAUCAAUGGCACGGCACGUUAGCUAAAACACUCAAAGUUCAUGGAAUUCAUAGUUCAGAAAAUCGGAAACCAAAGUUGAAAAUGAGAAUAUCAUCUGCCGUUGGAUAUUGUAAACAUAGGAUAUGAAUGGGGAGUUUGACGAUGAGCUAAAUAGGAAUGACGCAGAUAGCAUGAAGGAGGUAUUGUUAAGUUAUCGUAAUUCUUUACCAUCAAGCCUAAUCCGUGGCAGCUAAGACCGGCACUUAGACGGCGUAAGCUACUUAAAACCCCGUGACUUGGGCACUGAGUACAAGCAGCUGUGGGUAAUGGACGGCCAACUACUAUUCUUAGUAUAGCGCGCGCACUAUCACUCGCGGUGAAAUGACGGGGAUGAAGCAAGCGCGUACGGGAUACUGGUCUUUACUGCUGGACGUUAAUCACUAGAUUAGCGAAGAUUUUCUGGACAAUUUCGAUGGCACCAUGGACAUCACCUCUCUUGAGUCGAAACGCCUAGCAUUCCAAUCCAGCUAACUAAAAGCCAGCACUUGAAACAUAAAGGACUUGUGAUUCCACUUGAGCACCGCCGACUGUGAGCGCUGAAGGGGCACACGAGGGUCUGACUACAUCAACGCGAGGAUCAGAGCGAUUGUGAGUCAUGAACUUGUUAGGGCUUCGCUCUGCAUGCUGGUGCAUUUGGAUCACAUUAAUAGUGGUUGAUCUAGCGCCCGGAGCAAGUUCCUCGUGCAGGCAGAUUGUCCGCCAUAUUACACAUUACCGCGGUAUACGCUCACAAAUUCGACCAGACGUGUCCGGUAUCUGGACCUCCUCUAGGUGCGAGGCUCGCCCCGGUCCCAAAUUCCUGACUCGCUUCGUCCAGAUUUUCUCGAACCAAACAUGGCAGGCGGACUUCCAUUUCUAUUCAGAUUAUCAGUGCACCAAGCCCACGUUCACUUUGCAUGUGCGCGGGGCGUACUGGUUAGGCAACGAGGCGAAAGAUUUAAAAGGUGCGACGGCAGCUCAUUUUAACUUCACCACUAUCCACAUCCACCCUCACACACAAGCGGAGGAAGUGAAAAUCGUCACGGUGAUGAAAAAGUCGUGCCCUGAUACGCUUUUAAAUAUUAAGGAGACACCAGGGAUAGGCGUAUACAGUGCGACAAAUGCAGCUUUCAGCAAAAGACUUUGCAGAACAACCUUUGGCAUCUCGGAUUAUGAAUUCUCUGUGCUCAAAAUUAAUACUUUUAAGAUGUUGAGCUCUAAGUCAGACCUUCUGUACUUUGGUGAGAUUCCAACAGGGAAAAGCCGCCGACGGUACAGCCCAACAAGUUACCAGCUACCAUUGAAGCGAAACAACGCUCCCAACUGCACAAUUUGUAUGGUAAUCAGUACUGCAAGCGCAGGGGUGGCGCCCAUCAUACCAAAGGUCCGGCCACGCCCUGUGAUGUUGAAUGACGAGUGGGGUAGUUCCUCAUGUGAGACACGCCCCGGUGGGUCAUUCCUCACCCGCUACAUGGCCUUCCAGGACAGCAGAAGCCACUGGGAGGGAUAUUACUAUUAUUUUCUGGACCCUGAGUGCAGGAAGUUAAACUUCAUGAUUUACUUUAAAGGAGUUUUUACGAGCGGAAGUUAUAAUACCAAAGUGCGUGACGGUGAAGAUUACGUGUUCACCGUGACGGAAGCGGCCAUUACACCUCAUACUAAGUCCUUUACGAGGCAGCUCAACUAUAUGUCACGCAAUAACGAGUGCGGCAAAGAUGGGGAGUGGGAAAAUGGUCAGUCACAGGACAUCACGCAAUCCAAGGGAUGCCGGCUUCUUGGCAUCAGCCUGCCUCACACCGAGUACGACCUCUUGAAGAUGGUGACCAACGAGGAUGGCGAGCGAGAGUUAUACGUCGGGCAAAGACCGACCGACUUGUCCAGUCUUGCCUCACCCGACAAACGCCCGACUUCAUUUCAAGUGCCGAUGUUAAAGUGCGACGCCUUUCGGCAUGAGUUCGUGCCUCCGACAACACAGCCGACAACUGCGCCGACCACUAGAUUUCCUAAACCACCCGUUAUCAACCCAAUACUGGCUGUACCGACCCUUAAACGAGACGGAAAGAAAUCUCCGACGGAGAAGGAUAAGACGAGUAAAGGUACGCGUGGGACGACGUCGAAUGGCGACGUGCUUGCAGCGCGAGACGAAAAUGCGGCAUCUAGCCUGCGGGCCUCGAUCAUAGUGGCAGCGGUGCUACUGCUAAUCACGUUACUAUGACAACUGAAUGACUGUUGUUUUAUUGGGUGAGAGCAGUGUCAAACUGACGUCAUGCAAAAUGACCAUAUUAGGAAGUCCAAAGGCAAAUGACAAUUUGACGUGUGGUUUGGCAGACAUGAUGUAGCGCUCAAUUGUUGAGACAUUGGUUCGGUGAAGUAAUAGAAGAAAGUACCAAGUAUUUUCAAAAUUUGACUUUUAAAAUAAAAAAUAUAAGUAAAACCGAGUUAAACAUAGUUUAACUGAGCUGUCCAGUAUAGAAUAUAAAAAAAAAUAAUUUAUAACUCACUCAAAAUGCACUAUUUUCAAUACUAACAGGUUCGACUGGUAAACUUGAUAAAAAAGCAUCUAAAGGAGCCGGCAAAGCCUCCCUAAGAUGCCUCGCUUUGCCAUGCUAUUGAUUAUCUCAUAUUGAAGCCCAGGACAAUAUGUACAAAUCGCCGACAGUCAAAACAGAUAGUAUGUUUAGGUUUUUUUUUAUUCCUUAUUGACACAAAUUAUAAAGAAAAGACUCUUACAAGCUUAAUAACAAACGGAGUCUUAUGGAUUCUUCGGAAGCGGGCACCAGGGGUUAACUGGGGUAAUUUUGCAAAUGGCAUUGCCAGAACUAAAAAAAUACCAGAACACCCCAGAACGCGUGAAAACUCACGCUUAUACAAGUUUCAUUAUAGUCUUGGUUUGAAGCCUGAGUGAAUUAUUAUUUUGAUGAAUUUGAAUAUUACAAUCGAGAAAAAUUCGCUGUUAAUAAAAUAAAUAGUUUCUUAGUUUUCUAUGUGAUAUACUGGCACAGUUGUAUAAUAAUGCAUUUCAACGAAAAGAGUAGUGUAAAAUAAUUGUUCAAAUAAAGGAAACAAAUGUGA